AUGGCACCUGAACACGACUCGGCGGAACCGCCGGCAGAGCCGAAAAUAGAAAUCUCCCAGGAAGACUUUGCACUACUGCAAAAACUCAAAGAGCAACAGCGGCAGCAGCCGCCCACGCCCCAGGAUGGCAGAUCGGAAUCGCUGAAGAGACAAAAAGUAGAUGAGGAAUUGCAGACCUUUGUUGACUCCUUAGCAGAUCGUGACAUAGACUGGAUGGGCUUAGACCCUCAGCUCAGGCAUCAGCUACAAACAGACGCCGGUGCCCGGCGAGACUUCCAACUUGUUCAGCUGACUCCGGCCGCAGCCAAAGCUUACGACCCUGCGAAGAAGAGCUUCACCACAGUGAACCUGAGCAAAAAGAGAAUCUUCAGCGAAUCGGACCAGAUAACAGCCACCACGCCCACGCUGGCGAUCCCCGAAGAAUCCAUCAAAACUGCAAUGCUGGAGUAUUACCGCCAGACGGUGCUGCCUAAUCUAGAGAAGUUGUGGACAACCUGUGCCGAGUUCUAUGCAAACACAAUGAUGGAAGCCCAGUACGGGCAACUCCACUUCGACAUGGUUGACACGCGGCUGCGGUCGCUGGAGCAGUCCCGGUCCAACAGGACCAUUCUGAUCCGAGGGCUGCCAGCUUUCGGGUACUCCAGGUCCGCGCUUGAAAAGAAUGUGCGGUACUUUCUCUCAAAGGCGUCCCUUGAUUUCUCCUGUGUUGCAGCCAUGCACACACACGUGGUGACUUCCUCUUCGAGCAUCAUGCGCCUGGAGUUGACGACAGAGGAGCAACGUCGACAGCUUUUUCAGGCAAUGCGCACUUCCAAGCAGAUGCGGCGGCUGCCCGACCACGAGGAAAAAGCCAUUGUGGAGCAGCACUUGCCCACAGACGAGCGCAUCGCCCUCCAACCCUACUAUGCAAUGCUUGACAUCUUGCAACAGCUUGGCCCGACUCCGUGCCCGUUGCUGGCCCAAGUGUGCUACUUGCUGGACCACCGCUUUGCGCGGCGGUACGUUUGUGUGGUCUUCGUGGCAGAAGAGUUUUAUGAUGGCACCCUGGCCAAGUGGCAUGAAGCUUUUUCUUCUCGAAUGCGAUCCACGCUGCAGCUGAUGCAAGCUCUUCAAAGGGCAGUUGGAGACAAUACCACAGUGGCCCGACAUUCCUGGAACAAAGCGUUCGAUUUAGCAAACAUUCCAGAUCCGCAGUUGCACUUUGAAUAUCCGCUGAUUCCUUUGAGCAUGUCGAGUUCUUUGGCAGCCCUCCUUGAGAAGCAUCCCUCUCUCCCCUUGCAGGGGGCCUCAGGCCUUUUGGCCACUGUGUCCCAAGUUUUUCAAGAUUAUGGGGUGCAAGUGGAAGAGUAUGGGAAAGGGAGCGCGAAGGGCGCUCUCCGAGACAAAGGAUCAGAAUCGCCCAAGAAAGGAAAAUCGAAAGGCGUUAAGCCUUGGUCCAAGUGGCAAGACCGUGCUCCAGACCAGUCCCGCUGGCAAUGGCGCAAAGAUGAUGACUCCCAAGAUGGCCCUUCAGGCUCCUCUUGGUCUUCACAGCCGAAGUCCAACCGCGCCUGGACAAAUUGGAGUGCCCGCCCAACAGGAAAAGGCCGCUGCACCGCAAAGGGCAGCUCAUGUGGUGGCCGCUCCUGGGAUUUUAUGUUGCGCCAGCUUUGUCUCUGCGCAUUGGGCGUAAAUCUGGACUGUCGUGAGUGCAGCAAAUAUGCCGCUCCUCCAGGCAGCGUGAAGCAGUCGGCUCCUGUGAAAACUGUGUGGUGCCCAGGCAUUGCCGCUGCAAUGCGCGGCUUGGCUUUGGCACUUGUGGACCGCAUUUUGUACGACUAUGAUGUCACGCAAUACGACCCCACACAGCUGGAGACCUACAUUGACGAGCUCCGAGGCCACAUUGGUGAUGUGGACCUGGCAGACUUCACCACAAAAGAGUGGGCCAACGCUUGGAUCCUCCGAGUACUCACUCACGCACACCAUUUCCUGCCCUUGCUCCAGUCAGCAGUGCAACCUUUUGAAAUCAAUCUGCAGCAGACGGAAGAAUAUUUGUACAACGCUGGGUGCGUCAUCACUUCGCUGAUCAGCGAUCACUUUGCGACCAUUGACUUUUUUGCUUACAUUUUCUCCGAGCUAUGGCAGCGCGAUUGGGAAGCCUUGACCUCACCUUGGGCAUUGCAAGGAGAUAUACCCACUCUAGACCUGAACACAGCUGCGGUUGUUCCGUGGGAUGCGAUGGUUGCCAGCUCUCUGCAGCUGGCCUUCGAAGAACUGGAAGCAGGUGGGCUCCUGCAUUGCGAGCCUGGAGUCAAGCUCAGUAGAGACCUGUUUGAAUUAUUAGGCACUUCUUUCGAAGCAGAUGAUUUCCCGCCUUUUGAAGCUGUCCUCCAUCGUUUUGCUGACUGGCUGCUACACUCAGCUUCUAACGUGGAUAUUUUCUUGGGACGUGAUUUUUAUACCAAUGACGCUUUAAGGUCAUUGAGUGCUUUUGCCACGGGUUUCACGGACGUUUGUUUCUGGCAGAUCUCUCGAGCCUACAUGGUUCACACAGCGAAGAAUCCGAAGGCUCAACACCAAGUGCCCAAUGCGGCGCUCAACUAUUUGUAUGAUCAGCUGGUUCCCUUGCUCGGGCUCCCCCGGGACGAUGCCCAAUGGGCCCUCACUCA